CACCCGUCUCGCACACAGGUCGCACAACAUGGCCAAGGACGAGGAGAAGAAGACGACGACGAGCAAGACUACUGCGACAGCCUCCCUUGUGGAUGCAGAGCCUGAGCUUUCGGAGGAGGAUGCCAAGCUCAAGGCCAAGCUCGACGAGCUGGUGGUGGCACUCGGAGACGGCAAGACACUCGAGACGCUGGCAGAGCUGACCGAGGUGGUGAAGUCGGCAACGUCGUCGAUGACCUCUGUGCCCAAGCCGCUCAAGUUUCUUCGGGAGCACCAUGCUGGGCUCAUGGAGCUGCACGCUGGCGCGGAGGACGGCUCCGAGUUUGCUGGCAAGCUUGCCGACCUGCUGGCGAUUGUGUCGAUGGCGGUGGUGACGGAGGAGCGCCUGGUGCUCAAGUACAAGCUGGCAGGCGAGCUUGAGGUUGAGUCGUGUGGGCACGAGUUCAUCAAGACGCUGGUGAAGGAGAUCGGUGAGGAGUAUGAGGCGCGUGUUGGCGGAGGCGAGGGCGUGGACGACCUCAACGCACUGGUCGACCUUGUGCUUCCGUUCUACUUUCGGACGCGGGCCGAGGCCGAGGGCGUGGACCUACUCCUCGAGGUCGAACGGCUGGAGGAUGUGCUGCCGUUUAUCGACGAGGACAACUACGUGCGUGUGGCCGACUACCUCCUGCAGACGGCCAACUACCUGCUCGAGCCCGACGACAACGCGGCGCGCAAGGUGGUGUACGACGUGUACAUGGCGCAGGACCAAAAGGCGCUCGCACUGCGGGUGGCGAUUCUGAUGAACGACCGCGAGCUCAUUGCGGGUGUGUACAACUCUGUGGACGCCGAGGCCGAUGCCGGGCUCAAGAAGCAGCUCUGCUGCAUGCUCGGGGCGGCGCGGGUGUACCUUGCGGACCACGAGGACGAUGAGGACCUGCUUGCACUGAUGGGCAACACGCUGCAGAUGGAGCACUUCCGGACACUGGCGCGCGAGCUCGACGUGGUCGAGGCCAAGACGCCGGAGGACAUCUACAAGUCGCACCUGGAGACGAUUGCGCGGGCGUCUGGCGCCGGAGCCGUCGACUCGGCGCGAGCAAACCUGGCAUCGACCUUUGUCAACGCGUUUGUCAACGCCGGCUACGGCUCGGACAAGCUAAUGACGGUGGAGGACUCCAAGUGGGUGUACAAGAACAAGGACCACGGGAUGAUGUCUGCGGUGGCGUCGCUCGGAAUGAUCCACAUGUGGGACUGGGAGUCUGGCAACACUGAGAUGGACAAGUACACGUACUCGAACGAGAGCUACAUCAAGGCCGGCGGCAUGCUUGCCAUCGGGCUGGUCAACUGUGGCGUGCGGGCGACGUUUGACAUUGCGUACGCGCUGCUGGAGGAAGCGCUGUCGGAGGAGGACGAGACUGUGCGGCUGGGCGCCAUUCUUGGCCUCGCGCUCUCCUACGCCGGGCAGAACACGGACGAGGCGCUCGAGGCGCUCACGCCGCUCAUCACCGACUCGAGCCAGUCGAUGGAGAUCUCGUGCAUGGCGUCGCUCGCACUCUCGAUCAUCUUUGUGGGCUCGUGCAACGCUGACAUUGCCGAGUCGAUUUUCCAGGCCCUGCUCGAGCGGCCCGAGGCCGACCUGCACUCGCCGUUUGCGCUGUACAUGUGCCUCGGCGUUGGCCUGGUCUUCCUUGGACAGAAGGAGGCGGCCGAGGUUGUGCUCGAGCUUGCGCAGGCCAUCCCGGAGCACCUGCAAAAGGUCGGCAUGCUCCUCAUCGAGACGUGCGCGUACUGCGGGUCGGGCAACGUGCUCAAGGUCCAGAAGAUGCUCCACAUGUGCUCGGAGCACCUCGGCGAGGAGGAGGAUGCGCUCCACCAGGCGGUGGCGACGAUCGGCAUCGCGCUCAUCGCCCAGGGCGAGGAGCUCGGGUCCGAAAUGGCGCUGCGGGCGUUCAACAACCUGCUGCAGUACGGCGAGAUCGAGAUCAAGCGCGCGGUCCCGCUCGCGCUCGGCCUGCUGUACGCGUCCAACCCCAAGAUGGCGGUGGUGGACACGCUGUCCAAGCUCUCGCACGACGCCGACGAGCAGGUGGCGCAGGGCGCCAUCCUCGCGCUCGGCAUGGCCGGCGCAGGCACCAACUCGGCGCGCAUUGCCGCCAUGCUCCGCGAGCUCGCGGCGUACUACUCCAAGGAUGCCAACUCGCUCUUUGUCGUCCGCAUUGCGCAGGGCCUCCUCUACAUGGGCAAGGGCACCAUGACGCUCAACCCGUACCACUCGGACCGGCUGCUGAUGAACAACGCGGCCAUGGCUGGCCUUCUCUCGGUUGUCUUCACCUCGCUCAACCUCAAGGACACCCUCCUCGGCAAGUCGCACUACCUGCUGUUCCUCUUUGCUCUCGCCAUGCGCCCGCGCAUGCUCAUGACUUUCAACGAGGACAUGGAACAGGUCUACACCGCGGUCCGCGUCGGCGACGCCGUCAACACCGUCGGCCUCGCCGGCCAGCCCAAGACCAUCACUGGCUUCCAGACCAACGACUCGCCCGUGCUCAUGGAGUACCAGCAGCGUGCCGAGUUUGCCAACGAUGCGUACACGGCGUACACCCCUGUGCUAGAGGGCGUGGUCAUUGUCAAGGCCAAUCCCGAGUCGGAGCACCACGCCCCGGCCGCGUCCGAGUGAAGUAAAGAAUGAACGGCCGCG